CUGAAUGGCAAGUCAACCAAUUUUGUUUUUCUGUUGCUCAGAAGUAUGUGAAGUCAGCCGUCUGUCUGGCACAGAUGUGUGUUGAUGUGCUUCCAGCUGUUUGUGGGGAAUCAUGAUGUCUGGACCUAUGGUCUGGUCUGGUCUGGUCUGGACUGGAGGAUCCUCCCUAUAGCCUGUGAGAUCAUCACACUUUUAAUUAGACCGGAUCCGUCAAUUAACAGGGAGUCAGCCGGUCUCUCUCAGCCUUUUAAAAGCAGCCGAGGCAAACCUUCAACAGGAUUCUGACAGAGGCUCAGACAAGUUUCAAAUUUACAGAAGGAUGUCUUCCACUGUACUUUGUGCUGUUGUUUUGCUGGCAUGUGUCUUCACAUUUAGUGCUGCUCAAACGAGCUGUAAAGGUCGAUGUGGUGCUGAGUACUACAGGGGUUACAUGUGCCAGUGUGAUUAUAGCUGCCUGACUUAUGGAGAGUGCUGCAAAGACUUUGAAUCCCAAUGCACCACAAGUGAGAAAAACUCAUGUAAAGGACGGUGUGGAGAAGGCUUUAAAAGAGGCCGGCUGUGUAGCUGUGACUCUGACUGCGCUAAGUACAAACAGUGUUGUUCAGAUCACAAGAUGCACUGUGAUGCAGAAGAGCCGACUCUGAAUGAAGGAACAGACCCUUCUACAUUCAGCGAGGAAAACAAUGCAGAUGACUAUUUGAUUCCACUGGUCAGUCCAACAUCAUAUCCACAAGAUGAUCCCAGUGAUGAUAUGUACAGCCAGAUUUUUUCCAAUGAUGAGUUUUCCAACAAUAAAGUGGAGGACCCGGAGGCAAGUCCAAUCCCAGAGAGCACCAGCGGCUAUGGGUCGUCUACAGCUGACCUACCGGAUCAAAUUUCUACUGAACCCACCCAAAGUCCAGACACUCUGGAGUUCAGUACAGAGUCGUUUACAGUCUUCUCUCAGAAACAAACGACUCUCUCAGAUAUCGAAACAACACAGGCCGAUGAUAGCCCCUCCACCCUUUACCCCAUCAUCGAGAAAGCCCCCACUGAGAACACAGAUGCCAGUGAUCCUACCAUCUCAUCUGAGACAGGAACAACUCUCCCUCAGCCCACAACAGCAGCUGAUCAUGUCUCCCGCCACCCUAGUCCAACCUCAGGACCCCAAACUGAGUAUUCUCCUACAGCCGACACCCCAGCGCUCCAGACAGCGGGGCAGGCAGAGGUACAGCCUGAGAGUGACAUUCUUCCUGAUGAUCCGACAGUAGCCUCCUCUGAUGAGCCAGCUGUUACAACCCUACCCUUCAACACAGCCUCCUACACACCUGUGGCCCCAGUAUCCACAGGAGCCACACUGGGCCCUUUCACAGUCCUGGAAAACUCUCAGGUCACCACCAUCUCUGCCUCAACGCUGGACCUGACACCCAACCCAGAGGCAACCACUUUAAACGCCAGGCCAGAUGAUACUGAGAAAAACACAGACAGCGUCACAAUAGGCCCUCCAUCUUCUCUGGCAGACCUUGAAGAUCCUUCCACCAGUGUUUCUCCUGCAGGGCCCGGGGACUUGCCAGAGCUUGAAGCCCCAGUGACCCAAAUUCCCUUAUCCACAGAAGCAGUGAAGGAUGACAUGACAGAUGAAGUUACAGCAGGAGUAACCACUAAACCACUAAAUGUCACUCCAGACCCAACCAAACCCACAACACCUGAAGCCACCUUAAAACCCCAGGACAAACCUGACCCAUACAACCCAUUGCCAGUUAAACCAACUCCGGCUAAACUGACUCCGGCUAAACCUACCCUGGCUAAACCCAGCUCCAAACCUGAGACUAAGCCUCUGGACACUGCACAAACUCUCAACAUAGAUAAUUCCGUAAACUACCAAGCAGAAGACAGCAACGAUACAAAUCUGUGUAGUGGGCGGCCGGUCAGUGCAGUCACUACGCUGAGGAACGGCACAGUUGUGGUUUUCAGAGGACACUACUUCUGGAUUCUGGACAGACACAUGGUGCCUGGUCCGGCUCGUGGCAUCACACAAGUGUGGGGCGUCCCUUCCCCCAUCGACACUGUGUUCACCCGCUGCAACUGCCAAGGCAAAACGUACAUUUUCAGGGGAUCCCAGUACUGGAGAUUUGAAAAUGAUGUGUUGGACCCUAACUAUCCAAAGGUCAUUGAUACAGGCUUUGAUGGGCUUCGGGGCCACAUCACAGCUGCUCUGUCUGUGCCUCAGUACCAUAGCAGGAGAGAGUCAGUUUACUUCUUCAAGAGAGGGGGAUUUGUUCAGAAAUAUUCCUACCAGUUUGGCACCAGUCCAACAUGUGGCAGGAAAGUCCAGCAUGUUUACACAGCCCACAACCGAAUGGCUCGACAAGCAGUGUCUCUUCUAGGACAGGCUGUCAACAUCAGGACAUCUUGGAGAGGUUUCCCCUCCACCAUCACAGCUGCUGUGUCCAUCCCGAGCAACAGAGAGCCAGAGGGAUUCAAAUACUACGUCUUCUCAAGAUCCAAAUCCUACAAUGUGAGGCUGGAUAGUAAACAUCCUGUCAUUGCUACUCCUGCAGCCAACGCGUCACCUGAGAGCAACAACUUUUUCAAAUGCCAAAAGACAGUCUGAUGAAAGAAAGUUGUCUCAUAAAUAUUUUUCAUAGUUUUAAAGUUUAUUACAUUCUUCAUAAAACACACUGCUUCAGCAUGGACUGAUUACAAAAAGGUAGAUUUAAAAAAAAAAAAAAAAGCAAAACUAAAAACAGGCUUCAGAACAUUAUCAAGGUUGAAUACAGAAUCUGCACACGCUGAUUGGAAAAUGUGUAAUGUGUUUCUGAUGGGAAUGACAAGUCAUCGUUGUCAAGACGCGUGCUUCAUCUCGCAAAUCGUCUCCCAUGCACACCUCGAGAAGGAAAUCCCUGACCUGUUGGGAUAUAAAAUGUUUUUUGUUUAAACAAAGCCUGUAUACUGAUGUAAAGAUUUUGUACAUUGGCUGUAUGACGUGUAUGAAAUGUCAGACAAUUGUUUCCUCUGCUAUUCUCAUCAACAAUAAACUGAAUUACACCAAA